GUGUCAUGUCAAAUCAAAGUUGUGAGUUCUCUUGUCAUUUCGAAUUUCGAUUGAUUUUGUUUGGUCACAAGCGUUUUUUACGUUUUUAACUUUUUCAAAAUAAAAAUUAUCCAACCAAAAUGAAUCCACUAACAAAUAUGAAAAAUGUCCUUAAACUAAGCGAACGUGAUCUCCAGCGAAGCGGCAAAUCCUCUUGGCACGACAUGUAUCGUGAUUCUGCAUGGAUUUUUGUUGGAGGAAUGCCUUUUGAUCUAACUGAAGGAGACAUAAUUGCAGUUUUCUCUCAAUAUGGUGAAAUUGUUAACAUCAAUUUAGUACGUGACAAAUUGUCUGGCAAGUCAAAAGGUUUCUGUUUUAUUUGCUACGAAGACCAACGAUCUACAAUUUUGGCUGUGGACAAUUUAAAUGGAGUCAAGGUCCUAAAUAGGUCACUACGAGUUGAUCAUGUUUCCGAUUACAAACCGCCAAAAGAAAACGACAAAACCGAUGAGGAAACGAGACGAUUGUAUAUGGAAGGAUGCGCUCCGAAACCACAAAUUCCAGAAGAAAAUAUCAAACUUGAAAGUGAAAAGAAAAUUUCGGAUUCUUUGCCAGGAAUUAAAAAGGAACCAAAAGUUAAAGUUAAAAAGGAAAAAACAAAGAAAUCGAAAAAAGAGAAAAAGGAAAAGAAAUCGAAAAAGGAGAAAAAAUCCAAGAAAAAGAAGAAAAAGGUUGAAUCGAGUUCUUCGGAUGAAAGUUCAUCCGAGGGAGAAUCAGACUCGGAAAGUGAGUCUGAGAAGGAAUCAAAAAAGAGCCGACAAAGAAGCAGGAGUCCUGCCAAGAGAUAUGACAGUAGAAAUGACGAAAGACGAGAGAGACAAAGGAGCCGUAGUCAAAGCCGUGAAAGAAGCAAUAGGCAAAGGCAUCGAAGUAGGUCUUGAUAGU